CUCAAAACUCAAUGUCAAGGGUUAACUAUAAUUACGUGUUAUUCAUUAUAUAAAUUUCAAAUUGAUGCACCAACCGGAAAAUUUUCCCACUGAAUGAUAUAUUGGUUAUUUUGAUUAACCAAUUAACCAAACCGAUUAAACUUAUAGUUUGAUUAAUGUGGUUAUUGUAUUAGUUUGAACGUUUUGGUUAUGAUAUUGUAUUUCAUAAUUAAUCGAAUUUAAACUUAUUUGAUUUAAUAAUUAACAUGAUAGUCAUUUGAACACCCGUGAGUCCACUCCAUCUUCGGUGUGUUGGAGAUUUGGGUUGGGCUUGAACUUUAAAAUUUUGAGUAUCCAUGUUCCGUGUGUUGGAGAUUUUGGUUGGGCUUGAACUUUAAAAAUUUGAGUAUCCAUGUCCAAUGCGGCCCACUUCAAAAAGAAUGGGUCCAAAAUCCAAACUAGAACUACUUAUUAUUUCUUAACCAAUGGGCUAGGUUUGGCAUCAUCACUACCCACAGAUCUCUCAGAAAAAAGUGAGAAAAGAGUACCAGAAGAGCUGACGCUGAUCUGACUAGGAAAAACAAACAAACAAGCAACAACCAGAACAAAAAGCCAAUCCACUAAUUCCCCAAAACCCCAUGCACAAAAAAGAUACGUCCUCCUCUCAGAAGAACAGAAAAGCGGAUAGAAUCAUUAAAAGGCACACGAAUGCAUGAUGCACACACAGAUCACUGUAUCGCCAGGUGGAAGCAUCCAUGGCGCCACCUGUCCCAAACCCACCUCAAAAAACUGAGAAACGAACAUCAAUUGAGAUGAUAGCUAGCGGCGGCCGUUUUUUUAUCUCUGUUAUGCCACAGCUAUCCACAUAAAUGGAAGCGUAUGGCCUCUUUGCUUUUGCUUCUGAGGAGCUCCACUCAUGGCGGUUGAUGGCGCAAAGAUAGAUAAGGUCACCUGUAACGAUUAACGAACGAACCCCAUGUCUCUGAAAAAAAGCAUAACCCUUUUUUUUCCAUGAAGGAAUAUAAUUAUUAGCAGCGAUCAAAAAGCUUCCCUUCCACCUUUUCUUCCUCUUUCGUGGAUUCGGGUAGAACUUGGGUUGGCCCCUCUGCUUUCUUAAAAAGCUCUGCUUUUCUUUACUUCUUUGCAUAAACAACCCCCAAUUUCUCUGGGUCACUUCAAGUCGGGCAGAGAGAUUCUUUCCCCCACUCUUCUCUUUUAAAACCUCUGAUGCUGUAACUCAAGAGGUUAGGAGAGCUUCCCACUUUUUUUUUUCUUUCUUUUCUUUCAAUUCCUCAAGGAUAGGAGAGAUCAGAAGUUUGGAAAAUGUGUCUCCAAGUUGUUCCUCCUCGCGGCGGCCGUCGUUGCCAUGUGGUGGCGAUGGGUCGGAGAUGGGUGGUGGUGCAGGGGAUUGAUGGUCGUGUGGCAGAGGAUGCAGGGGAGGCGGCAGGGAGAGUUGUCACCGGCGGAGACGGCGGCGGUGGGAUGAGGUGGUGCGUGUGUUCGCCGACGACGCACCCGGGGUCGUUCAGGUGCAGGUAUCAUCGAGCUGGUUAUGUAUGGGGCGCCGCCGGCGGCGCGGCGGCCAGCAGAUCAAUGGCUACUACCACUGCAGAAGCAUGCAGAUGAUGAGCGAAGAUACGGGAAGAUGUGUGGGGGGAAGAGAGAAAUUGAGCAAGAUAGGGUUUUGUAUUUGAAUAGUGAAAAACAGAGUCCAUUUUAUCUGCUGUUAUUCUCUGCUCUGCUCUGUAUCACAGAACUAGAAACUCUCUGUAAUUAGAAACCAAUAUGCAAGUUGAAGCUUGAAAGGAAGUGGCAGGGCUCUGUUCUGAGGAAGGCCGAGCUGUUUGAGAGAGAUGACUUUAACGAUUCAUCGUCAUCUCUCCGUCGAUAAUUACUUAGCCUGUAAGGUCCAAUGAAUUUUCUCGAUUCGA